AUGGCAGAGCGUUCUUCCAUUCACAACGUCUGUAUGCCACCUCCCCGAGAGGUGGAAGAACACAGUGGGCUGAAUUUCCCCAAAGGAUCCAGAUAUAGCUAUAGGUAUUCAACAGCCACCAAUACGUUCCUGCAGGGAAGCAUCUACAAAAGGAGUGGUAUGUCUCUGGAGAGCACAGUGAUCAUUGAAGCCCUAGGAAAGUGCCAGAUGGUCUUAAAAUUGCAAGGUGUACGGAUAAAGACGACCCUGGCAUCCAGAGAGGAGUCUCUGAAGGAAAUGGACAGUUUAAGGGAAGUACUAGAGCAGCAUCCACUUCAUUUUUCUUUCCAUGAUGGGAAAAUUCUGAAGAUCUGCCCCUGGCAGUGGGAACAGGCCUGGGUGCUGAACAUCAAACGGGGCAUUCUCAGCGUUCUUCAGACCUCACCUGCAGCUGCUGGCGGUGGAACUGUUGAAGAGAUGGAUAUUCUGGGAAAAUGCCCAACCAAAUAUCAGCGGAAAGGCUCUCUUGUUUUGAAGACAAAGGACUUAAACCUGUGUUCUCACCGGUAUUCAGGUUUUAUUUCCCUGCAAUCCAUAGCUCUGCCUAAUGUGCUGUCGCAGCAGCAGAUCCUGUCCUCCAAACUGGAAUGCGCUCAGAGCUUUAAGGAUGGAAUCCUGGCAGAGGCCAAAUGCACUGAAUCCAGUCUUGUCACACCUUUCUCUAGGAAGGGCAGUGGGGCGAAGACACAGACACAGUCCUCACUGAAACUACUUCAAGUGGAAGCAGAGCUGUUGUACCAAACAGUGGACUCCAAUGAUCUCUAUGUGAGUAAUAUGCUGUAUGAAAGGGAAGAAAAUGAGAGGCCAUCCACAGGAGAGGAAGUGGCUGAACUGGUGCGGAAGCUCUGCUUAGCACACAGCAUGAGUUUUGAGACUGCAGACCUCUUCAUGACUCUGGUGUUUGAGCUUCGAAGUGUCUCUGCUGAUGCUUUAAUAGGCCUUUGGCGUAGAUCUUCGUUUAAAUGCAGGGACAACUGGCAGCCGCUAGUAGAUGCUCUCCCAUCGUGUGCUACAGAGGCCUGUGUUGUCCUGAUGAAAGAAAUUAUUGUUGCAAAAGAAGUGGAGGAGGACAAAAUGGAAUCUUUCCUUUGGUCAUUGUCAUUCAUUCCUGAGCCCACCACAGGCAUGAUCGACUCUCUUGCUCCUUUGCUGCAGUCACCAGGAGCAAGUCAGAGUGUCUUCUUAGGAAUAACUGCUUUGGUGCAUCACUUUUGUUCAGCUAACAGCGCCUGUGACCGUCUGCCUGCAGUACAGAUGGUGACAAGUAUUCUGGAAGGAUACUUGGGAGGAAACUGCACCUUGCAAGAAUCAGGACUCAGCCAGCUUCAGCUAGUGUUAAAAGCAAUUGGAAAUGCAGGGCUGGCAGCAACAUCUCUAACACCUAUCCUGAGUUCUUGUGCAUCCCUGAGAAGCAACCCCAGUGAAAUCCGCCUGGCUGCCAUACAGGCCUUCAGACGCAUUCCCUGUGCUGCCAAUCGUACUGUAUUAGUCCGUUUAUAUCAAGCAGCCGAUGAUGACGUGGAAAUAAGAAUUGCUUCAUAUUAUAUAGCAAUGAAAUGUCCGAGUGAUGAGCUGUUUAACCAAGUACAACAGACUUUGCAGGAGGAGACAUCCAGCCAAGUGGGUUCUUUUGUUUGGAGUCACCUCUCUCAGCUCCUGGAGACAGAUGAUCCACUGAAGCAACAUCUUAGAGAUUCUCUUCCUGAUGACAUUCUCAGCAGAGAGUUUGACUGGGAGAUAUGGAAAUAUUCCUCAUAUUCAGAUGUCACUUUCCAUUCAGCAACUGCAGGUGCUAAUGUGGAGGCAGCACUGGUCUUUUCUCCUGCAUCUUUCAUCCCACGAUCAACAAUGACAAACUUGACUAUAUACACCCUAGGGCGGGCUAUAAAUCUACUGGAGUUUAACAUACGGUUAGAGAAUGCGGAAGAUCUCAUGCAGAAGAUGGUUGGCCAACACUCUGCUACUUUUAGUGAAUACUUGUUUACAAAUACUGAUGAAAGAAACUCCAAGUCAGAAAAUCCAGUGGAGGCAGCUGGAAAAUCCAAACAAAAGAAGCUGACUUCAAAGAGAGACAGCCGUGAACAUCGUCUUGUGACCAAAGGUGCCAAGCCCAAAUUAAGAAAUGCAAAGCAGAGCUGUCCAGGUGGAAAGUACAAUAAGAUGAGUGAGUUAGUGAAAAAGCCCCUGCUCCUAAAUAACUCUGUACCACUCUGUCAGUUUACUGAAAGGAUGGGGAAAAAGAAGGAGCUGAAAUGCGAACUGAGCAUCAAGAUUUUUGGAAAUGAACUCAGCUUUUUGGACUGUGAGGAUAUAAAGAAGCAAGUGAAACAUUAUUCCCUGAACCUGGCAGAGCUGGCUGUCAAGCUUCUAAAGGGACAAGAGGUCCAGUUUAAUAAAAGACUGAGUCUGGCUACCGAAGAAUUGCUCUUUCCGUCAAUUUCAGGCUUUCAAGUUAGACUGGCUUUAAAUGCAUCAGCAGCAACCAAUAUAAAAAUCAAAGGGAAUGUGGAUUUCAAACAACGAUCAAAUUUUUUCAUAAAUGGAUGUAUCAAACCAAGUGCUUUUAUCCAGAUUUCUGCCCAAAUGGGAAUUGUGGGGAAUUUGGGAAGAGCUGGCUUGAAUUGGGUAACAGGACUGAGGACAUCAACCAGCCUUGAUGGAGGAAUCCAGGUGAAAAAAGGACAAGAACUUAAAGUUUUCUUGAACACCCCCGAAGAAUCCAUGGAGAUAAUCGAUUUCAGCUCCAAAUUUUACCUCACAACAAUGGAUGGGAUGGAAAAUAUUGAAGGUUUCCAAGACCAUAUAGAAACCAAAUCCUGCACUAGUGAGGAAGUGUCCAAGAUUUUUGGCUGGCAGUUGUGUUCUGAAAUGUCUUACCCUGGUAAAACCAGUGGCUUGCCUUUCCCAUUCUCUGGACCAGCAAAAGCAGCUAUGACAUUAAAGAAACAAGAUAGAGGCUUGCAACUGUACCUGAUGGAAGCCGCCUAUAACUAUACUCCUCAGGAGGAUUCUUGGAUUCCAAGUGAAGUUGUCCUUCAUUUCUUUAUUGGGACGCCAAAGUCAGACCUGAAAAGGGAUGUUGGGGUUGACCUCAAUUUUAAUGUCCCACAGAAAAAAUUCAGAAUCAAAUUUAUACAGCCAAAGAAAAAAAUCCAAGUCGAUGGAAAACUUGAGUUAUCUAAGAAUUCACGAGUUGGACACCUGGAGCUGAUACUAGAUGACAAAGAUGUCUAUUACAUUAAGGGAAUGACGGGUUUGCAAACAGGGAGUGGAGAGCAGAGAUACACAACCCAGCUGGAGGUAAAGCUGAUAAAGCAAGGCAGCCCAAUCGUUCUGUCAGGAAACAUCACUAAGCAACUUGGCAAGAAAAUGGCUUUUUCAGUGUCCCUGCAUAAUUUAUUGAAGGAUGCAGCAUUUCUUUCAGUAUUUCUGGAGAAAAAGGUUGAUGAUAAACUGAGGCAGUACUCACUUGAAGGGGAGACCUACUUUCCAGGUAUUCUUGGAUCUCACACCAUUGGCCUGCUGCAGCAACGAGGGAGCCUGUGGUCUAAUGCUCUGAGAAUAAAAUAUGGACUCCUAGGAGAUGCAAAAAAUCUUCGGCAUGAAUGUAAUGCAGGACAGAAAAUUAAAGUGGAGACCAGUUCAAAUGAAGCAUACAAAUUGGAUUUGGGACAUGAGCUUCACUGUACACAGACUCCAUCCUAUAACCACAAGGUUCAUUUGCGGCAUGAAGAGAGUGCAUCUCGGCUCUACUCCCAGCUGGAAGUCAACUACGGCAAACACUGGGAUGAAAUCAACAACAAGAGGAAGCUACUGAUCAGCCAGACAUUUAAAAAUAGUUCAAGUCCAUCUCAGGUCAACUACUUCAUGGAGUUUACCAUGCAAGUCCCAGAAAAGCAGGUGAAUUACAGAACCCAGCUGCAGCACUCACGUACCUCUCAGGGCCGUUCGGAGAGUAGCACCAACUUUAAGGUGCAGUAUAAUGACCGCAUGCCAUUUGUGGCAGGACUGCAGUGGAAAGAUACAUCCAGAAAUUACCUUAGGAAGUGGGAAGGUGCAUUAAACAUGGAUACCCCAUGGCUAUAUCUGUAUGUGGCUCACAAACUACACCAACCUGAGCGAUCUGCUUAUCUGUCUACAAUGGAGCUAACAGCUGGGAAAGCCCUUUCCAUCAAGAACCUCGUGGUGGAAAUGUUCUGUAAAGACAAAGGCAAUGAAAAAGAAGGGAAAAUUCACAUCUAUACACCAACUACUACCUACCUGCGGGCAUCCACAGUCAAUCACUUUGAGAGGAAUGUUCUGCAUAGCUACAGUGAAGUGGUAUCAGUGUGGAACCAGCUCGUGAGGAAUGAGAUUCAUUUGGAGAAUAGCGAGGAAGCCAAGUUUCUUUGCUUUAAGAUAAAGAGUACAAAGCAAGAAUUUAAUUUGUCAGCUGACUAUUUACACCUGCAGGGGCCUAAAAAGACUAACCUCUCCAUGAAGGCUCUAUGGACAGACCAUAAGAGUCUGCCAGUUGUGCUGCAGCUUGAGGGUCAGAUAGAAGAGCUGAAGAAAGAUAAGAUGUUCUACCAGAAACGUGGAACCAUCCAUAUCAGACAUCCAUUUAAACUGCCCAUUCCCCAGAGCUUCCUUCUCCAGGAGACAUUUACUGUAGACAAAAAGCAAAAACACUACUUCUUGGAGACUAAAAUUUUGAUAAAUGGGCUGGAUGAAUCAGUUCAAACCUUUACACUUGGCUACCAAGCUGAACAUCCCUAUAUUUGUGCUGGCUUAGCUCAUCCUUAUAACAGCAAGAUUUUCCCCCAAAAUGUCGAACUAUGUGCCUUAACCCGAUGUCACCAAAGUGCAAAGCAUGAGAUCGAAGCUAUUCUGAAAGUCAAUAAGAAAGAUGCCGUCAGGCUUCUGGGCAAGUACCAGAACAAAUCCAGUGAGACGCAUUUCAGACAUCUCUUACACAUGGACAUGACUCACUCGUUCCAGCUCAAGUUUCCACAAGCACUGGCCCUGAAUGGAGAACUCUUUUCUGCGCAAACCAAACUGGAAGUCUUUGACUAUGGUGUGAAUAUAAAAGCCACCAUCAACAGAAAUGAAUCUUCACAGUUCAUUGCUCAACUAAAUGGAUCAAAUACUCACUUUGGAUUUUCUUCCCGGUUUACUCAUCCAUAUCAGUCAAAAUUCCCCCAAAGCUUUCAGGCCCAUGCAGCUGUUAAGAGUUAUGGUGAGAACAGUCUCAAUGGAUCACUUUACCUUCAUUCCAGUGGAAAGGAUCUGGUGCUGCUGGAGGUUGAUAUGAGCAAGGAGACCAGAAAGAACAGCAGGAUUAUUGGAGUGAGCGCUCUCCUGCAUCAGGCAAUUUUGACAGAACCAGAGUCUGUACAGCUGCAGCUAAUGGGCAAAGUAUCUCCAUCAAGACUUCUAUUAUCUUCUGAGCUGAAGCGAAAUGAGAACAGGCUUCAUCUAGAUUUUGUGGGAGCUAUGGAGCAGAAAGUUGGUCUUGUCCUGUCCCUGAAUGGGAAAGUCCAACACAACAUUGGAGGUUUGAAGGUGGUACCACAGCUCUUUUCUCUGAAUGGAUCUCUGAAGCGCAAGAACAACAUUCAUGAAGGUAACAUUAGUGUGAUGAUCAACAACGCACUGUAUGGGCUGCAUCUCAGGAACAGAAAUGUAUUUGGGAAUAUCAGCCUGCACAAUAUCACUUUCACAUUGACUCAGAACGGCAGCCAGGCAAUCCCAAUGGAAGCAAAGUUAAAAGGACACCUGGAGCUCAAUAAAGGGAUCAAAAGGGGUCUAGCCAGCUUCCAGGUGGAUGAGCAAGCUCUCUAUGUAGAUGUUUCCAAUGUCAUGAAUCAGGAACAAAGAGGAAUCACUGGGACUCUCAUACAUAACAUCAGCUCUUUAAAAAAUGCAGGAUUUCCUAUAGCUGGCACUAUCACUGCCAUGUACGACCAUGUCAUUGCCAACCACACUGUUACUAUAGCCUUACAGAGUGGCAGCGAAAGGAUUGCUGCUGCAUUUGGAGUUGAGAGACUGUCCUUAGAAUCUCCUAAGUCCCAACUAACUGCAAGUUUGAAGCACAACAUCACAAAGCUAAAAAAACAUGGGAUCCCUUUUACUGUAGAAGGUGUCUGCUAUUACCAGGUCAAUUGCAAUGGAGAAUCUACCACUAAUCAGCUUUCUGGUCAUUGCAAUGGAGAGGUUGCCAGCCGUUUAUAUGAGACUCCAGCAAGAGUUUCACUUAAUGGGUCAGUGUUCACCAGCAACUCUACGGCCAACUUCAUUGGACAUGUUUCUUCCGGUGAUGCCUUCAUCCGCUUGCACCUCCAUGCCACCUCUGGCCUCCAGCACACUGUAGAGAUUGGCUUCAAGCAUUCCUUGCCUCAGCUUCAGUCUCUGGGCAUAGCCAAAGAGAACCAACUGAAGAUGUCAGCGGUAAGAGGAGAUAAGUAUAAGGGCCUGCUGGAUAUUGUCCUUGGACAGUGCACUUUCAAAGCAGAUGGAGAAGUGAGACCAGCAAGCAAUGAAACAGAUAUAGAAUGGACAGUUACUCUGAUGAAUACGUGUGUCACCCUUCAGAAGGUGGGAUUACCUCAGACUCUAGUCACUUGGGGCUCGUUCAUUGUGAACACCUGCAAUAUUAGCUUAACAAUAAACCUCCAGUGCGAUGGCAAAACAGCUGAUGUGCAAAUAGAUAGCUCCUGUGGACACAAACACGCUUUCCAAGGAAUGUUGAGGCACUCAGUCCCCCAGCUCAGUGACAUAGGGCUGCCUGCCGAAAACUCCGUCCUACUUUCUGCAGCUAAAGGAUCCACCGUUGAAGGCAUUUUGUUGCUACAGGCUGGUGAAUGCAAGCUCAAGGCUAGAGGAGAUCUACAGACCCAGAAUAAAACUGAAUGGACACUGGAGACAGAAAUGGAAUGUCAGCUUCUGCAGGAUCUCAAUAUCCCGGUUCAGUCGCAGCUCAUUGGAUCUAUUCAGAGGGAUGGCUGCCAAGCAGAACUUCUCUGUACCCUCAAAACAGAUGGCAAGUCUGCCCAUCUGAAAGUGAGAACAGAGUGCCAGCCAAAGGUCACAGUGGAAAUUGAAUUCAGGCACGAACUGCCUCAGCUGAAGGAAAUACCAGGAGAAAACAAGUUGUCCAUCACGGCAGAAAAAGAGUUAAAAUAUAGUAUUGACAUAGAAUUGAAAUCAGGUACUUGUGAACUUCAAGCCAAUGGGGACCUUCAAGUGGAAAACAAACUUCAAUGGAAAAUGCUUAUGGAGAACAAAUGCAAAACAAUGCAGGAGCUUGGAACACCAAUAAAAAUUGAUGGAUCAGGCUACAUCCUGAUAGAUAGAAUGAACCUAGAUUCACAAAUAUUAAUAAUUGUCGAUAAAAGUACAUUACAGGGCCUUCUUAUACUAAAAGCCACUAAUGACAAACAAGAGCUGGAUGCCCUGAUAACUCAUAAUAUUCAAGGAGCCAUUGACCUUGGCAUUCCUGCAAGAACAUUAGUGGAUGUGACUUCAGAAAAAAAUGGUGACCUCUAUAAAAGAUUCAUUCAGUUUAGUGUGGACGGCAAACAAAUUACAGAAGAAUUGAGCUUUAUUCGGAAGCUGGACCAUGUGUCUAUUAACUACAAGCUCACACAUAACAUAGAGGCACUGAAGGCACUGAGAAUAGAAGACAGGAUUGAGUUGCAGCCAAAGGAGGCUCAGGACAUUGGGGAUGACACUGAAACAGGCACAGAUCAGGAAGUUACAUCUCCUGCUCACAAUUCCUCCUCCUCCUCGGACGAAGCAAUCAUGCAACCACCGCUGACCUCGGCGGAUGGCUUCAGACAGUUCCAGGAACUGUUUAGGUGGAUCACCCAAAGCCAGGAUAACCUGUUGGAGGAAGUUCAGACAAACCAGCACAAACUGGUGUUCACACUGGGCAUGAUCAUUCCAGCGCUGCAAAAGUUUGACUGGUUUUCUGCCCUCAACCUCCAAGAUGCUUAUUUCCAUAUUACCAAACACCCCGCUCACAGGAAAUUCCUGCCAUUCACAGUAGGACACGACCACUUCCAGUACAGAGUAUUACCAUUCAGCCUGUCCACUGUGCCAAGUGUCUUCUCCAAAACUCUAGCAGCAGUAGGAGCACAUCUACGCAAACAAGGGAUAAUGUUCUUCCCAUACUUGGACGAUUGCCUUCUCAAAGGUCCAACUCAACAAGAAGCACUGGACACAGUCCAGAUGACGAUCAAACUAUUCAGGGAUCUAGGGCUACAGAUAAAUGAACGAAAAACUACUCUAAUCCCUGUUCAACAACUGUUGAUCUGGGCACAUCUAAAUGCCAUAGAGGCCAAGGCAUCCCUACCUCUGAACAGAUUCAUAAUGCUGACAAACCUCAUCUCGGAGAUCAGAGCUACCAUUGACCUGAAAGAUAGCAAGAGUUUCAGUAUCAAAACACUCUAUGGUUCUUGCCUGAUGGUUCUGGGAGGACAAAUCCAAAAGACUGAGGCAAGAACUGACUUGACUGGGAAUUUCCAGCACAAUUGGCCACGGCUGACACAACUUGGAGUCUCAGCAUCAAUCCAGAUGGUUGUAUCCCUUCAAAGAUUAAAUUCCACUCAAGAGAGACGUGUGCAAAUUAUGGCUGGACAAACAUCAGUCACGUACACAGUUAACUCUCGUUACGUUGGCCAGCAAAUGGAAAUUUUCUGCCAAAGUGUACAUAACAGUGAGGCACUACUGACAUUUGGCUACCCUAAGGCGACCAAUCUGACUCUUGUGUUACAGAAACUAGAAAACAAAGCCAAGACAACCUUUGAAAUUCAAUAUGAUGACAAAUAUAUAACUCUGAAUAUGGAUGUUGUUACUGACUUUGAACUGUAUGAUACGUUUGAACUGAUGGCAGAGGUAAAACAUUCAAUAACUGUUCUCAAGCAUCUGGGACUUCCCUUCAUGAUUAAGAUAGCAUUCCUCGAAGUCCUGACUGCAAAUGAAAUUGAAGGCUCUCUGAAGUUGACCUGUGAACCAAAUACAAACCUCUCAGUCACCAUCACUGUGAAAAAUGAACAGCAAAGUGAAGAACUGAAUAUAAAAGCCCUACAGAAUGUCCCCUUCCUUCUUCAAUACUUCCCCAGCACAGCUGAACUUUCUUCAAAGUUAAAAAUUCUUCCAAGGCAGCUUGUGUUCAUGACGGUUUACCAAAAAAGUAACAGAACUCAUUUGUUGAGACACAUUGUGCUGUGGGACUGCAAGGAGGUAAAAGUAACAGGCACUUAUACUGGACUCUUCCCAAAGUUAUCUGGAGGUCAUGACAUUAAGGUGGAGUUUUUCCAUCCUCUCUCCAUCCCUUUUCCCUGGCAUUCCAAGGUCAACCUGUAUGUGGAGCAUUCACCACACAAUCAUCAGGAUGACAUCACCAUUGGUUGGAACAACAAGGACCAGGUAUUAGUUUCAUCUUCCCUGAAAUUUGGAAAAGAGCAUGUAAAGUACCGAGCCACUGUCGUGCACCCAUUUAAUUUCACCUUGAGGCAACUGGAGGUCAGUUCCCUGUCUGAAAGAAAAGGUGGAAAGUACAACCAGCAGAUACAGCUCACUUGGAAUGGUGGGCAGCCUGCUGACUUCAAAAUUACUUUGGAAGAUAAAUCUAAGUUCAACAUCACCCUCUGGGAUGCUUGUGUGGCAGUUUCUUCGGGUCAGCUUCAGAAAGUAUUAACUGUAGGAAGUCUUCAGGCAUGUGGGUCUAUAAAACAAGCAACAGUCUUGUUUACUGAAUAUCUAGAUCUGGACUGGGAUGGAAAAAAAAUCUCACAGAAUUUGACAUAUGAGAGAAACAGACCAUUGUAUCCAGAUAAAAUUCAGUUAGAAGCCACUUUGGAAAAUGUUUUUCUGACCUCGUGCAGCAAGCAACAUAUGCUGGGUAAAAUAGAAACAGACUUCUCAACUUGGCUGGAUAAUUACAUGAGUCUUGCACUGUGUGACCUUCCAAAUGUAAUUAUUCUCUCUGGAAGGCAUCAGCUCAACAGAGGAGAUAUCAUCCUGCAGUCAGAAGGCAGACUCCACCAUACUGGUGAUGGCAGAGAGGAUGGGGUGCUCACAGUAGCCUUAAAGAAUAACAGCACAGCUAAAGUGAAGAAAUAUUUGAUGGAAUUUGAACUAAAAGCAUCUGAGGAUAUUUGGCUAGGCCUGACAGGAACUGCUACUUCCUCAGCUGUUCAAAGCCAAGUCCUGAUGGAGGGAAAUAUUGAUCAAAAAGAGAAAGUAAAAGUAACUGCUUCUAAAGGAAAGGAGUGUCAUCAGUAUUACAUGGGAUAUGUAAAGGGGGACUUGGAGGAAGGAAUAGAGCUCACUGCAUGUACUGAUGGACAACAGAUGGCUACCAUUAAUACUUAUCUCAGCGUUAAUGGCAUAAGGCAAGAAAGAAUUGGACAAUUGACCCUAACUGCUGUUAACCAGAGCUUGAGUUUGGUGGCUCAUGGGUGUGGAGAUCCAGUAGUUAAAGUUGAGAAUAAACUUAAUGAAAUUGGGUCCCACUUUAAAGCCAAACUCAUGGAGAAGAUCAAGAAGUUUGAUGAAUCUGUUUGGAAAUUCAGGAGAUCAGUGCAGCAAAUUGAUUUCCUGUAUGAAGCAGCUGGUUGGCCUUUGAAAGCCUCCCAAGAGAUUGCCGGAAUCCUCCAAAAUGGGGGGAAAGCUGUCGCCCAGAUGUGGAAGCAGAGUGGAAUCAGGCAAACCCUGAGGAAUAACCUCCCACUUUACUUGGAAAAAAUUCAAGACACUGUCCAGCAAAUGCAAAAUGAACUUCAAAAGCCAUUAGCAACUCUGAAGGAUGCCUACUAUGAUGUGACUUUGAAGCCACUGGACGAAGUUUGGCAAGAGAAAACAGAGGCAUAUAUGAAGAAAAUCCAGGCUUUUGUGCCCAGUAUUGUAAAGGAUGUAUGGUUAAUGGAACCAAUCCAGGUGACAUUAAGAGCCAUGAAAACAGGCUUGGAUAUGGCAACACACCAGAUGCUGAGGUGGGCAGAAGCCAAGUUUUCCAGAGCUGUGAGCAAGAUCCGAAAGCCUUUAUCAAACCUGUACAGUUUUUCAGCCAGGAACUGUUCAAUGGCAGUGAAACUGCCAAUGCUGCCUAAAGGAGACCACUCUGUGGACCUGGCAAACAUCACUAACUACCUCAUUGAAGAAAAGCUAAUGAGGCCCCUCAGGGACCUCUACAACAUCAACCCAGUAGCUGAGUAUUAUAGAAUCAAACAGAGGAUGAUGGAGAGUCCCUUUGAAUAUCAUGCUGUGCUGAUGGGCAAAAAGCACUUUAGGACUUUUGAUGGAAGAAUGUAUGAUCUGACAUCGAAGUGCAGUGUGCUUCUUGCCAAGGAUUUUGUUCACAAUACCUUUACUGUAGUGCUGAACCAGGAGAGUAAUGGCUUGAGAUCAUUGCACGUGGAGAUGAACCGGACUACCAUUGAUAUCUACCCAGGACUGAAGACAUACAAGAUGUAUAAUUUUUCCCUGAUGGAAGAGAACUGCCUCAGUCUGGAUCAGUCCCUUGAAAAGAACGGCAUCACCGUGAGAAAAGCAGCUAACAGAAUAGAAGUAUUGAAUGAGAAUGGAAUUUCUGUCUCCUGUGACUUUCACUAUGAUCUCUGUACUGUUACCCUGGAUGGAUGGCAUCAUGGUGUAUCAGCUGGUCUUUUGGGUACCAAUGAUAACGAAGCUGGAAAUGAAUGGAUGCUUCCCAAUCACUCCUACACUGAUAGCGUGAAGGAAUUCACACGGAGCUGGCAGGUGAGCAGUCACUGCAGCUACGUACAGAAGAAGGUGAAACCGUGUUCCAUCACAGCUAAGCAAAAAGUUUGUAAAGUGUUUUUUCAAGAACCCCACUCUCUUCUUAGGAACUGCUUCAAAGUUGUGGACCCUGAGCUGUUCUACAGCAUGUGCGUGUAUGAUGCUUGUGACUCCAGUGAGUUGGAAGCUGCCUGCAACUUGGCAGCUGCAUUUGUCCACUUGUGCAGCAGGAAUUUUGUCCCCUUGGAAAUUCCUUCUCAAUGUGAUAUUAUAGAUAACAGCGUCCUUCUUGAACUGUAUGUGCUGUUUAUUGACUACAGUAGAUAG